AUGCCGAAAGAUAUUGUUUCUGAAGCUCUCGAGGACCAUAAUGUCAUAAAGGAUCUUAAUUGUAGAUAUAUGAAAGAGAUUAAUCCCAGUGAACAGCAAAAGAUUGCUAAUACUAUUGUGAGAGAACUUGCCGUUCACUCGGCCACUGAGGAAAUUUGUGCGUAUCCGUUGGUCGAAAAACAUCUUCCAGACGGCAAAAAAAUUGCCGAUAAAUCUCGUGAAGAACACUUACAACUCAAAAAAGAUUUAUAUGAACUUGACAAGAAGAAAGUUAAUGAAGAAGGAUACGAUACUCUAAUCAAAAAGAUUAUUGAGGAAUUUGAGGAGCAUAUUAAAGAUGAAGAAAAUGACAUCUAUCCAAAACUUAAAGCUAGUUUGAGCGAUAAAAUAUUAAUUGAAGAAGGAGAGAAGUACGAAAAAACUCGAAGCAG